CGCAUUUAUUAAAUAAGACAUAUAGAUAUAGAAGAUAUAGAAGCCAAAUGUCAUAUCGAUCGUUGCUUUAUAACAUUCAUCUCAAGCGUCAAUAGUGCAAUUUUCUUGCAAAAAAAAAAAAAAAGUAAUAAUUUAUUCGAUUAACUAACAAUUUAACGACUCGAUUUUUUACUUCUAAUGUAGAAUCAUUGUUAUUUAUACGUUAUUAUUGGCAUUAUUCGAUUGUCUUGACGAACGAAACGAUUGUUUAAAAAUUGCUUUUAAGUAAAUAACAACCCAAUGAAAAGAAUAGAUAAAAAAAGAAUCGAUCAAUGACGACUUUGAAAAACGAUACAAUGUGCUUUAAUCGCUAAACAUCAUAUAUUAAAGUUGCCGAAAUGUGGUUGCUUGAAAUAAUUGAGUACUUAAAGGCUCCUCAUCUAGUAGCUAAUGUACAAGAAUUUUUUGGAAUAGAAAUAAAUGAUAAAAUAAAGCAUUCGGAGAAUCUUAGGUUAUCCGAUAAUAAAGAACAAAAUGGAUAUACCAAAACGAAUAAAUCAUUGAGCAAAGAAGAAUGCUCUUCUAAUAAUUAUUUCAUGAAAUUACAAUCUCCAGCAUUUAUUGUUAAAAAUCGUUUUUGGUACUAUUUAUUUUUAUUCGGUACAGAAUUAGGAGAUGAAAUAUUUUAUUCUGCAUUUAUACCCUUUUGGUUUUGGAAUAUUGAUGGCGCAGUUGGUCGGAGAGUGGUCUUAGUCUGGGCUAUUGUUAUGAGCAUUGGACAAGCAUUGAAAGACAUCAUUUGCUGGCCAAGACCGGCGUGCCCGCCAGCCGUUAGAUUACAAAGUAAAUGGUCUCAAGAAUAUGGGAUGCCAUCGACUCAUGCUAUGAUUGGAAUUUCAAUUCCAUUUAGUGUAUUAAUAUUUACUAUGAAUAGAUACAUCUAUUCAUUUCAUAUCGGUUUUACAAUAGCUUUCCUUUGGUGUACGCUUAUUUGCACGAGUCGACUUUAUUUAGGAAUGCAUACGGUCUUGGACAUUGUAGCAGGAUUAUUACUAGCUAUUGUGCUAAUGAUUCCAUUGAUACCUCUAGUAGAUACUUUAGAUUAUUAUAUUAUUACAAAUGCCUGGGUUUUGAUACUUUUAAUAUUAAUUAGCAUUACCGCUGUGGUUUAUUAUCCAUCUAGCGACAAAUGGACACCGACUCGCGGCGAUACGACAAUGGUUGUUUCCGUAACUGCUGGAGUUCAUGCAGGAGCAUGGUUAAAUUACAAGACAGGGGCCCUUUCUCUUCCACUUCUUCCACCACCAUAUAAUAUUAUUUGGCCAUCUUAUCGUAUGUUAGGAUGUAUGAUUAUUAGGACGAUACUUGGUUUCUGUAGCGUCAUUGGAACUAAAGCUAUUUGUAAAUCUCUCUGUUAUACUAUAAUAUGUGCCAUACUUAAAGUUAAUUCUAAGGAGCUGAUGAAAAGUGACAAUUAUUUGGAAAAUAAGAGCAAAAUUUUCACCGAUCUAGUCUAUAAAUAUAUAACUUGUUUUAUGAUAGGCGUAAAUACCGUAUACCUUUUACCAAAUGUUUUCACUAUACUAGGUAUCGAACGGCCAACAUUUUAUACAGAGAUGUAAGAGAUCAAACAUCUGCAAAAAAUAUAUCUCAUAUACAAAUUCAUCAUUAUUCACACCUCGGAAUUGUUACAGUCACCACUUUGUUAAACUUCUUUGAGUUAUUAACUCAAUGUAAAUAACAUAUAAUUUUAAGCUUUAUAAAUGAAUUAAAUAUUCAUUGUA